UCAUCAGUUACUGCGCAAUAGCGUACCAUUGCCGGAUUUGUACUGGAUCGGAUGAUCGGAGGCUAUAAAACAGUUGAUAUCCAAUCAUGCAACUUAUUGAGGAUAUAAAUAGCAGUUGCACAUUGAUCGGGAAACGGCACAACCGCUGAUCAUGACAACAGAAGCACAUUCGGAUGACGGACACAAUGUAUCCCGCGGUUACCGAUUUCUUGCUGUCGAUGCCUCCACUGACUUAAAUGGUGGCGCUGUCAGAUCCGACCUUUCGUGAAUUACACUGCAUACAAAAGAAGACCCAAACUUAAUCCUCCAGUCUGAUGAUAUGAGAAGCCCUAGAUGAUGAUGGAGAUGCUCUGGUACAUAAACUGGCUGUGCCUGAUGGGUCUUUUCCUGGCCUCCCUACUCAUCGUGUUGGCCUGGCUUGUCCAGUACUCCCUGGAUGUACUACACCCGACGAGCCCCAAGUCACUCACCCAGGGCUGGGGUGCCACAUCCAGGCUACUCCCACCUAUCACCCUCUCCCACCGGACUCAGGCUGGGGGUGUGUGGGGCACCCUGCUCAAGCUCUGGCUCGGACGGGAUCGAGGAGGAGCAGCGUCCGAGGCUGGGGUGAAGGGUCUGCUCACAUCACUGUUCUCCUUCAAGUCUUUCCGGGAACAUUGGCAGAGGGCUUGGGUCAAAGUUCUCAAUGAACAAGCCUGCAGACAUGGGAGCUCCAUCCAGAUCACCUUUGACAACAGUCUCCAGCUCCCUGCCUCUGCUAUUGUAGAUAGUGUGACCUGCACAGACCAAUCACCUACCACUAUGGUCUUACAGUGUAAGUGUGCGGUUGACACUGUAACGUUCCCUGUGACUGUCACCCAGCAGUCACCUGCAGCUGUUUCCAUGGAUACCUACCAGAUCACCAUAAAGCCAAUGCUGGCCCAGUUGGUGGUGCGUCUGGAGGAAGUAGAAGAAGAGGGUCUGCUGGUGUCCUGGACUUUCUCCCAGCAGCCGAUCUCCCUCACCGUGGCCCCACGCAGGAUCCAGAGAGAGGAGAGUGAUGCAGAGAUAGACCCGAACAUGAUUCGGGAGCUGGUGAAGGAUACUCUGUUCAGCACACAGCCAGCCAUGAUCCUCAACCUCAGGGCCUGUGUGUCCAGCACUACGUUCCCCAGGGCAACAGGCCUAACCCCGACAGGUCUGACCCCCCCGUCCCAGAGUUUACCCCCCAUACGAAGGCUCCUGCUUCGCCAGCUCCGGGGAACCUGCCUCAGAGCAGGUCAGCUAUAUUGCAUCAGCCACGACCCACCAUCUCCCAAAAACCAGAGUCGAUUACUGUGUGUGUGUGUGUGUGUGUGUGUGUGUGUGUGUGUGUGUGUGUGUGUGUGUGUGUGUGUGUGUGUGUGUGUGUGUGUGUGUGUGUGUGUGUGUGUGUGUGUGUGUGUGUGUGUGUGUGUGUGUGUGUGUGUGUGUGUGUGUGUAGCCAAGUCAUGCAGUUCAGGGGAGCUGUGCUGUACCGUGAGCCUGGACCAGCCAUCAACAGAAAGGAGGACCUGCUUCCUGCCUGCAACCCCCAGCCCUGACACCUCACUGGACUGGAGUGAGGACAUCUCACUGGAUCUGGCUCCAGAAACCAAAGAGCUGAGAGUGAGAAUGCUGGAGAAGACCACCAAGGGGGAACAAUUCUUGUCUGGCUUUGCCUCGCUACCCUUGGACCUCACCCGCAGAGCUCCUACUGGUCAGCAUGUGCUGUCAGUUAGCCCAGGGCACGGCCUGGCACCCAAUGCUACGGUCACCUUUGAGCUGGUGUACCUGGAGGUAGUGGACCCCCUUGGAGCUCACUACACCACGCCCCUCCGCACCUCCAUCACCCCGACCAAGAAGGUGGAUGUGGACCGGACCAUCAUGCCAGACGGCACCAUCGUCACCACCGUUACCACCAUACAGUCACGACCCAGACCGGGAAAACUAGGUGACUCUCCCUCGCGGUCCCCGUCCAAAGUGGAGGUGACAGAGAAAGGGACCAUAUUCCUCACUGAUGGCUGCCAUAGCAGGACCAGCUCCAGCCCUACUCUAAGCACUGAUAGUCCCCUGUCCAAUGGGCUGGACCCGGUGGCUGACACGGCUAUAAGACAGCUGACGGAGAACGCCAGCAAGGUGUCCAAGAAGACUCCCACUAAACGGAGCACGCUCAUCAUCUCUGGCGUGUCAAAGGUUCCCAUCUCGGAGGAUGACUGUGGCCUGUCUUGUGGCUACGCUGCAGCCAUGGAUGCUGCCCUGCAGGGAGGAGGAGCCUCCAACUACUAUGGGGCGGGGCAACAUCAGGAAGCAGACGAGACCACGCCCUCGGAUGUGUCUGAGCGGCCGUCUGUCGAUGACGUGGAGUCAGAAACGGGCUCCACUGGGGCCCUGGAGACACGCAGCCUCAAAGACCAUAAAGUGGGCUUCCUCCGCAGCGGAACCAAGCUACUAUUCCGUACAAGACACCGAAAGAAGGACCCAACCUUCAGCCAAUCCCACGAGGACCUCUCCAACCUGGCCAGUGUCUCUGCCUCUUCUGCCUCUGGCACCAUUGUACGUAAGAAGUCCGGCAGCUUUUCCCGACGACUCAUCAAGCGCUUCUCCUUCAAGUCGAAGUCGAAGGACAAAGCCAGUGCCACCAAUGGAGGGCCGAGCACAGCAGACAACUGAAUGGUGUAGCGGAUGGCUAAUGGCAUUGCUACCGCCUUCCUGAGACUUAGAAGUAGGCUACUGUUGCCGUGGACCCAGAAAUCGCCCUGGCUUUUCUGGGUCAAUGGUAUUGGGUUGGGUAGGAUCGUAGGACUGCUUGGUUGGAGGAUGCUUAGCAUUGGUCAUCCUGUCCCACCAUUUCUUCUUCUGUUUUCACCAUCAGAUGAGGCAGAACAUGUACACCCCAGGUUGGUGGUUACCUAUCCUGCAUCUCUUACCUCUGAUAGGACUCCUUUUCCUCUGGAUGAGAAACGCACACGUCAGGGACAGAUAGAUGGAUCCGGGGACUGUUUGCUUAUUAUCAAAGCCAUUUCUUUUCAGAAGGAGCCUCUGCUGCUCUGGUGGAUUUAAAGGGGGUUAAGGGGGAUAACGAAAGUAGGAAUAAACUUGAAGAUGUUGCAAUUCAACACUAAAAGGGCAGUAGGUAGAGUGAGUGUGGCCUCUUCCAAAUCAAUUUAUUUAAAAAUAUGAUUUUCUUGGUUGCACUUUAUCGGAUUGUUUACAACACUUGACAGCUUCUUCUUGUGUUCAUUUUAUUGGUAUUUGUAUUGUUUGCUCUCUGAUUCACAUGAUUAUCCUUCUGUUUCCCCAAAAAAUAUUGGGUCACGUUUGGUGGUUUGCAUUAUGUAGGCCUAGUAGAGCCAUGACUUUAUCUUUCUUUCCUGCUUAGUUGUAAAUGUAAUCUUAAAUAACAAACUUAGUUGAAGAACAAAUAUCAACCCCUCGCAUAGGUCUUAAGUUGGUGGUAAUGUUGACAUUCAUAGUGGCUUAUACAUUAUGUUUUAACAAUGUUGUUCAUAAUUGUAAGUUGUACAAAAACCAAAUGCAGGCAUACUUAUGUCUGUGUUUCGUAUUUUGUUUUUUUAGAAAGGGAAAUCUUCAAGGCAAACUGUUAUAAAUGAUCAGCUCAGACCCUUUUUAAUUUGUAUCUACUAGGCAAGUUGAAAUACCUCAAUCGCCUGAGUACUAACGUUACACAUUCUCUGGGUCAGAAUUAUUGAUGGAGGAAAUGCCAUAAAUAUCUUUAAUAGUUGAAUGGUAAAUGAUAUACAGAUUGAGUCCUCUUAAUAUUAAUAUCAGGGAAUUAUCAUGGUUGAGGUAAUAAAAAAAGAUGGUCAGAUGGUUAUUAUGACUUUCUCCCUUGUAAUGCAAGAUUGUUGCUCCUUAAUUCAAGUUGAGCUUAUAAGAUGUCACAGUCCUCCAGGACAUGCGUUGUCACGCACAGAACAUAGGGUAGUGUAAAGAUGUACAUAAAAGUAGUUAUCUUGUACAGUAUUGGCAUAUGUGUUUUGUAAGACAAUUAUUUUGCCAUCCUCUCAGAAUUUGUAUUGUGUAUCCCUAAAGUAUAUUUGAUGUUAUAGUAAGGGAAUGUGGUUCAGUAGUAAUAGACAAGGAAAUAUUGUUACUCCUGCCCCACCUCUACUCUUUAAGACAGACUCCCAUAAUCAUCAUAACAUAGUACUGUUUGCCAAGUAAAGUCACACAUAAUUAAGUUUUCUUUAUGAAAUUGUCACUGAGGUAACAUCACUUUUUUGUUGGUUGAAACCCAUAAACAUUACUACUUGAAGUUACAGCUUGUCUGAAGACAAUGUAUAACAGCAUACAGUGCCUUCAGAAAGUAUUCACACCCCUACACAUUGGGAUUAAAAUUGAUUUAAGUGCGGGGGAAAAAAAUCUAAAUUGUUCAAAGCUUAAUAAAAAAUCAAACACUAAUAUAUCUUGAUUCGACAAGUGUUCAACCCCCUGAGUCAAUACAUGUUAGAAUCACCUUUGGUAGCGAUUUACAGCUGUGAGUCUUUUGGGUUAAGUCUCUUAGGAGCUUUGUACAUCUGGAUUGUACAAUAUUUAUUAUUUUUUAAACUCUUCAAGCUCUGUGAAUUUGGUUGUUGAUCAUUGCUAGAUUGCCAUAGAUUUUCAAGCCGUUUUAAGUCAAAACUGUAAUUAGGAACAUUCAAUGUCGUCUUGGUAAGCAACUCCUGUGUAUAUUUGGCCUUGUGUCUUAGGUUAUUAUCCUGCUGAAAUGUGAAUUUGUUUCCCAAUGUCUGUUGGAAAGCAGAAUGAACCAGGUUUUCCUCAAUGAUUUUCCCUGCGCUUAAGCUCUAUUCCGUUUCUUUUUAUUGAAAAAAUAAAAUCCCUAGUCCUUGCAGAUGACGAGCAUAUUCAUAACAUGAUGUAGCCCCCACCAUGCUUGAAAAUAUGAAGAGUGGUACUUAGUGAUCUGUUUUGUUGGAUUUGCCCCAAACAUAAUGCUUUGAAUUUAGGACAAAAAAUUCCUUUCUUUGCCAACUUUUUGGGAAAUAUUACUUUAGCGCCUGCAAACAGGAUGCAUGUUUUGGAAUAUUUGUAUUCUGUACAGACUUCCUUCUUUUCACUCUGUCAUUUAGGUUAAUAUUGUGGAGUAACUACAAACAUUAUUGAUCCAUCCUCAGUUUUCUCCUAUCACAGCCAUUAAACUAUAUUUAUUUAACCUUUAUUUAACUAGGCAAGUCCGUUAAGAACAAAUUCUUAUUUACAAUGAUGGCCGACUUGUAAAGCCCAAACCCUCCCCUAUCCCGGACGACGCUGGGACAAUUGUGCGCUGUCCUAUGGGACUCCCAAUCACGGGCCGGUUGUGAUACAGCCCGGGUUUGAACCCGGGUCUGUAGUGAUGUCUCUAGCACUGCGAUGCACUACUCGGGAGGCCUGUAACAGUUAAAAUCACUAUUGGCCUCAUGGUGAAAUCCCUGAGAGGUUUCUUUCCUCUCCAGCAACUGAAUUAGGAAGGACGCCUGGAUGUAUUGAUACACCAUCCAAAGUGUAAUUAUUAACUUUGCCAUGCUUAAAGCGAUAUUCAGUGUCUGCUUUAAAAAAAUGUUUUACCCAUCUACUAAUAGAUACCCUUCAUGCGAUUACAAUUAUCUGUAUGUGUGGGGUUAAUUUAAUUUAUUACCCCUUUUUCUCCCCAAUUUCGUGGUAUCUAAUUGGUAGUUAGUCUUGUCCCAUCGCUGCAACUCCCAUACGGACUUGGGAGAGGCGAAGGUCGAGAGCCGUGCGUCCUCCGAACCACAACCCAGCCAAGCCGCACUGCUUCUUGACACAAUGCCCGCUUAAUCCAAAAGCCAUCCGCACCAAUGUGUCGGAGGAAACACCGUACACCUGGCGACAGUGUCAGCGUGUAUUGUGCCCAGCCCGCCACAGGAGUCGCUAUUGUGUGAUGGAACAAGAACCCGGCCAAACCCUCCUCUAACCCGGACGAUACUGGGCCAAUUGUGCGCAGCCCCAUGGGUCUCCGGUCGCGGCCGGCUGCGACAGAGCCUGGACACGAAUCAGGAUCUUUAGUGGCACAGCUAGCACUGUGAUGCAGUGCCUUAGACUACUGCACCAUUCGGUUGGCUGUGGGGUAAAUUUUUACUCCUGAACAUAUUUAGGUUUGCCAUAACAAAGGGGUUGACUACAUAUUGACUCAAUUUAGAAUUUUUUUACAAAAUAAAAUCUAAAGCUGAAAACUAAAUUCCACAUUGACAUUGUACGGUAUUGUGUUUAGAUCAGUGGCAGAUAACCUCAAUAUAAUGCAUUUUAAAUUGAGGCUGUAACACAACAACAUUUUGAAAAAGUCAAGGGAUGUGAAUACUUUCUGAAGGAGCUAUAUGUUUUUUUUAGGGGUUCAAGCAAUUUGGUGGAAAAAAACUCAAAUUCCUGUGAAACGGUAAGCCACGUUGGUGCAACAUUGUAGGAUGGUAAAGGGCCAUGGGCCACACAGUCUCAUGCCAUGCCAAUUGUACACUUGGCGCUAUAAUAAACUAUUGAAAAUGGAAACUUUGAAAGCUCACGCCCCUCUGCCCGUGUGAUGUAGCGUCAUAAAUUCGGUACAUAGGUCGCUCUCCUUACAAGGAACAAAUGUGCAUUAAGGACCCAUAACAAACAAAAAAAAGUUUAACUAACCCAAACUAGACCACGGCCUGUCGUUUCCAAUGGGAACCAAUUCGUCAGUGGACAGAACCAGCAAGAAGGGGCGAGCUAGAUCCUUUCUAUUUGAAGCCUAUAAAGUAUGAUGUGAUCAUUUUAAAUGUUUAAUUUAUUUGAAAUAAAUGUAUUUUUUAAAACACUGA